UUGGACCUUGAGGCGUACAUUGCGAACUAUGAAGGAAGAACCCGUUUCGAAAGACUGCUUCAUAUCGGACGUACCUCUUCCUAUCUUCACCAAGAGGCACUCAAGGGCGCAGUUAGUGAGGCCAAACAGGGCAAGGAUGUUGGCCGCUAUCAGAUUGCUGUCCAGUUUCUGCAGCAGUAUUCGCCGAAUGACCCUGAUGCGGUCCUUGACACGGCAUGGAUCGAAACCAUGUCAAAACAGAUCAAGGCAGAGACAGAUCGACUGGAGUUUCAGCUUAGAGGAUACAAGAAUAAUCUCAUCAAAGAGAGUAUAAGGAUGGGCAAUGAGGACCUCGGUAACUAUUACCAUUCGGUUGGCGAGCUACCGGCGGCAUUCAAAGCCUAUUCGCGCAUGAGAGACUAUUGUACGACUCCGAGGCACAUCUUCGACAUGUGCAUGCGACUUGUGAUGGUGGCGAUUGAGCAAGGGAACUGGAUGGCUGUUCAGUCGAACAUUAUGAAGAUUCGGAAUAUUCAGCAGAAGCCCGAGGAGGAAGCUAAGCUUCAGCCUUUCCUUUAUGCAAGCAUGGGUCUUGCGCAGCUCGCCAGUGGCAAUUAUACAGAGGCUGCCACGAGCUUCCUACAAACGGAUCCUAGUCUGGGGAGCCAGUUCAAUACUGUUCUGAGCAGCAACGACAUUGCUGUUUAUGGUGCGCUCUGUGCCUUGGUCAGCAUGGAUCGCAACGGACUGCAGAGCAAAGUGCUGGAGAGCUCCUCGUUCCGUAACUUUUUGGAAAUUGAGCCCCACCUUCGUCGCGCCAUUUCGUUCUUCUGCAAUUCCAAGUACUCGCAAUGUCUGGAGAUUUUGGAGGCAUACAAGCCGGAUUAUCUACUUGACAUUUAUCUCCACCGGCAUAUCGCGAAGCUUUACCAGGAAGUCAGGAGUAAAAGUAUUGUUCAAUACUUUAUUCCUUUUAGCACCGUCGGUCUUUCUAGCAUGGCCAAUGCAUUUGUAACGGAUGAGGCAUCCAUUGCGGAAGAACUCGUGGACAUGAUCAAACGCGGGAUUCUCGAAGCACGAAUCGAUACACAGAACAGGCUACUCACUGCCAAAGCAACCAAUCCUCGUUCAGGAGUACACCGGAGUGCCCUGACAAUGGCGAAGAACUACGAACGUACCGCUCGCCUGCGCCUGAUGCGCAUGAACAUGCUUAAUGCCGGUCUGGAAGUGCGGGCGCCAAAGGCUGAGCUAGAUUAUGCACAGCUUAGCGAUGUCUUCUCACGGCGGACUGGUAUGAGACCUGGAGUUUCUGGCGCCGGCGGCGUUCGCAUGUAA